AUGCUAUCCCACGCUCAUAAACUACAGUUUUCAAAACAAUCGAUUAGAAGACUGUCAAUAGUCGCCAAACCAAACGUUAAUAACGAAGAAUUAUCCCUUCUAUCAGUUAAAGUGAGGGCUGGAUCUCGUUUUGCUUCAAAAGAUGGUGUUUCUCAUUUACUUUCGAGGUUCAACUUUCAAAACACUAACAAUAAAUCUGCUUUGAGAUUAGUAAGGGAAUCUGAACUUUUAGGUGGUAGAUUUGAAUCCACUGUCGACAGGGAAUUUAUCACUUUGAAGGCAGCUUUUUUGAAGGCAGAUUUGCCUUAUUAUCUCGAAGCAAUCGGUAACGUUCUUUACAAGACAUCUUUCAAACCACAUGAACUAGUCGAAACAGUAUUACCUGCUGCUCAUCAUGAUUUAACUCUAAAUAAUAUUCACCCAAUCAAUAAAGCCGAAGAUUCGCUAUACAAUUUGACUUUCAGAUCAGGUUUAGGUAACCCAGUCUAUUUCGAUGGUGUGGAAAAGAUUUCUUUGGAUGAGUUAAAAGACUUCGCUAAUAAAGUUUACACUAAGGAAAAUAUUAUCAUCGAAGCUGAAGGAAUUGAAGAAAAUGACUUGAAAAAAUUCGUCACUGAAUCUGUCAUAAAUUCUUUGCCAGCUGGUUCCCAAUUAAAGGCAGAAAACCAAUCCAUCCAUACUGGUCAAACCUCGAGGUUAAGACACGUCGGUGAAUCUGUUGCAGCUAUUGCUAUCCCAUUGAAAUUAGACGAAUUACCAACAUUCCAAGUAUUAAAGAAUUAUUUAUCCACAGAUGUCUCUGGAUUAUCAGAUUUGAUCACCACUAUUAAGUUGGAUGCUUACUCCGAUGUGGCUUUAUUCUCUUUGUACGUCAAAGGUCAUGACACUAUAAAGGUCGGCUCCGAUAUCAAGAAAAUCAUUUCUGAAUUGAAAAAAGGUAUCAAUAUCUCUUCUGCUAAAUCAUUCACUGAAUUGCAAGCAUCCUUACAGAGCGCAACUGUUGAUGUUUCAAAAGUUAAAGAUUUCAAGUUGACUAAUUUUAAUUACUCGGCUGUAGGUGAUGUUACCAAAUUACCAUACUACAAUGAAUUAUAA